AUGGACAAGGAGCGCGUCCCCGUCAACACGGAACGGCCCGAGCGCGGGCCCGUCGAGGAGCUCAUCGCGAAGCGUCUCCGCCCUCUGAACAAGAAGGUGCAACGAGUGCGCGGCUACGCGGCGCAGGACCCCUCGGCGCUGAACGCCGACCAGCGGAGCGCAGUCGCAAACCUGCCCGUGCUGGAGGGCUCGAUCCGCGAGCUGGAAGACCUGAUGCGGCAGGUGGAGGAGGCCGAGCUGAUUGCGGCCGCGAGGCAGAGGGAGCUGCGCGAAGCGGCCGAGCGGGACUUUGAGUCUCGCGUGGCUGAGCGCGUCGCCGAGGCCCAGCUCGCGCUCGCGGGCAGGUUGGGCGGGUUCCUCUCCCUGCACUCGCUCCUGCGCCCGGCCACCGUUGCCGAGCAGGAACUCACGUUUGCGCCCCUCGACCUCCCGCCGCGCAUGGCCGAUGCCGUGCUCGCGACAGACAUCCUAAGGGUUGCGCGCAUGUACGACGACAUCAUCGAGGGCGGGAAGGCGGCCCAGAACGUGCUUGGCGGCCUUGCGACGGGUCCCAACGAGGACGACGAGGAGGAUGAGCUGACAGCAGACGCGCGCGUGCACGAGCUCCUCGUCCUGCUCGCCCAGCCCGAGGUCGAGGUGCCCGAGACGCCGAUGGAGCCCGCCGAAGACCCCGCGGUCCAGGUCACGCUCGAGGCGCCGGUCAGCAUGGGCCGCACAACGCUCAACUUCCUGCAGGAGGACGAGCUCGCGAUCCCCGACAACGCCGAGGCGGACUUUGUCGUCGUCGAGCCUGCUUCUGUCCCCGGAAGCGUCCCCGUCGACGUUCACGAGCAGACCGGCUUCGACUGGACGGCAGCCGACGGCGCCGAGGACGACGAGACGGCAGCCGCGCGCAUGCAGGAGGCGUUCUCGACGGGUGCGGCGGCCACGCCCGAGAUCGACGCGACGGCCGACGCGCUUGAGGCCGUACGUCUGGAGGGAGGCGGGGCCGAGACGCCAGCGAGCAGCACGGGCGAGCGCGAGCGCAAGCGCGCGCCUAGGAAGCGCAAGCCGCACAGCGCCAAGCGGGAGAAUGGCUCCGCCGCUGCGUCGGGCAGCGAGCAGCAGCAGCAGCAGCAGUCGAAGGAGGGCCAGGCCCAGCGCCAGGGAGGUCAGGGAGGUCAGGGAGGACAGAAGAAGAAGGAGAACCAGAACGGAGGCGAGGGCAAGCCGCGCCAGAACCGUCCGCGAGGACCCAAGAAGGACCCCAAGGACAAGGACGCCCCCAGCGCGCCCAGCGCGCCCAGCGGUCCGGACGAGGACGGGUUCCAGGUCCAGAAGCCGAAGACGCGCCAGGCCAAGCCGGCCGGCAACGCUGGUGGCAGGGGACGCGGCGGGCGUCCCGCCGGUUCCAACGGCAGGCAGGGCGGGGGAAACAAGGAGAAUGGCUCCGGCGCUGGCAGCAACAAGCCCCGCCAGCAGGGCAAGGACGCCGAUAAGGAGCAGCAGCAGCCCAAGCCCAAGCCCAGCAUCUACAAGCAGACGCAGCCUUCGGGCCCGUCUAGCGCACCCAUCUUCUAA